AUGGCGGUAAUCGUCCCUCGUAAUUUCCGACUUCUCGAUGAGUUAGAGAAGGGCCAGAAGGGUGAGUGUGCCAGUGGAUGCACAUUUGGAUUGGAGAUACCAGAUGAUAUCACUCUCACUCAUUGGAAUGGUACCAUCUUUGGACCACCUGGGACGGCAUUCGAGAAUAGGAUCUACUCUCUUACAUUGGAGUGUGGGCCUGAGUACCCCGAUAAGGCUCCUACAGUUAAAUUCAACACUAAGAUUAAUAUCAACUGUGCUGAUCCUAAGAAUGGUCAUGUGAACACCAGAUGGGGUCCUUUAGGAUCAUGGAAAAGAGAGUACACCAUUGAAACUGUAUUGGAGUCAUUACGCCGAGAGAUGACCUCAGCUGCUAAUAGGAAGCUACCCCAACCUGAGGAAGGUGCUUGCUAUUAA